AUGGCCGCUUGCGUCUCGGACACGUCUCGGACCCUAUCGUGCCGAGACGGGCACGCAGCCUCGCAGCUGAAGCUAAUUUCGAUAAUCGUCAUCUUCAUCACGAGCGUCGUCGGAAUUUCGUCGCCGGUCCUCCUGUCCCGCUACUUCCAGGGAAAGCCCGCAUACGACAAAACCACGCUCCUGAUCAAGUGCUUCGCGGCAGGGGUCAUACUCUCAACCUCCCUCGUCCACGUGCUCCCCGACGCCUUCAGCGCGCUCUCCGACUGCCGCGUGUCCUCCCACCACCCCUGGAAAGACUACCCCUUCUCGGGCCUCGUCACCAUGAUAGGAGCCCUGACGGCGCUCCUCGUCGACCUCACGGCGACCUCCCACAUGGAAUCGCAGCCCGGCGGCGGCCACAGCGGCGGCCACCACGGGCAAUACGAGGUCGUUCCGAUGGGGGCGAAGGAGGAAUUGGGGGGGAAGAGUAGUAAUAGUAGUAAAUUGGCGAUGGAUGUGGAGUCGGUGGCGGGGGGUGCGGAGAGCAAUAGCGGUAGGGUAAGUGAGGAAACGUUGGUGAGGCUGAAGCAGAGGCUUGUGUCUCAGGUGUUGGAGAUUGGGAUUAUUUUCCACUCGGUGAUUAUUGGGGUCACUUUGGGGAUGUCACAAAAUCAGUGCACCAUUAGGCCUUUGGUUGCUGCGCUUGCGUUUCACCAGAUCUUCGAAGGCAUGGGUCUUGGGGGCUGCAUUGCUCAGGCAGGUUUUAAGUUGGGAACAACAGCCUACAUGUGCUUCAUGUUUGCUGUGACAACACCAAUGGGGAUAGUGUUGGGGAUGAUCUUAUUCUCAGUGACAGGUUAUGACGACAGUAACCCUAAUGCCCUAAUCUUGGAGGGCUUGUUGGGCUCCUUGUCCUCUGGUGUACUUAUCUACAUGGCUCUCGUGGAUCUUAUAGCCCUUGAUUUCUUCCACAACAAGAUGAUGAGCUCUGAUUCAUGGCUGCGAAAAAUAUCAUUCAUUGCUCUUGUUCUCGGCUCUAUCUCUAUGUCCAUCCUCGCCCUUUGGGCCUAA